AUGCUCAUAAAACGGCAGAGAGGAACUGGAGCUCUACGACAAAGAUGCACCAGAGUUGGUCCACAGAGCUCGUUUGGCAAAUGUUUUGUCUGCAAAAGCCAGGCUUCCUCCGCACCCACCCACCCACCUUCCUCAGAUCGUGGAGAUUAUGCUCAAGGAUCUGGAGGCAGGGUCCACAUGCUGCAUCAUAUGACGGUCUUCCAGAUAAGCCCGCUUCGGGCCAAGUCGGUUUUUGCAGGGGUUGAAGACCAGGCCAACGGCGUUUCUCAACACACGUGGCUGAAUAGAUGGUUAUCCGCGCAAUUCGUCUCUCGGCCAACACAAAACCCACAGCAAGCAAUUGUGCAGCGUGGGAGAAUCACAACUCCAUUCGGCACGACUGGGAAGCAAGGUGAACUGAAGCUUCUAUGGUGCGCUGGUGAAAGUGAUCACGUGUAG